AUGGAGGAACCCAUGGAUACUGGAGAAAGCGAUAACGUUUCCAGUAAAGACUUUGAGCGAUUGUAUGAAUGCGAAGUGAAGGAUGAUGAAAAAUCGUUGCAAAAUGAUAGUUUGACGAUCGUUUUCGAUACUUGCGUGCUAAUUAGCUCACCGCGUAUUAUUUUCAAAUGCAUUAAAGCGUCCCACUAUGUGGUCAUUCCAUAUAAAGUUAUCGAAGAAUUGGAUCAUCUCAAGAAACUGGAUGAUGAUUCAAAGCAGUCAAGUGCUGCUGCGGCGAAUGCGCAUUUAUAUGAUCUAAUGAAGAUGAACAAUAAUUUCGUCAUAUUUGAAUCGUCAUUUGAGCAGUUAACUGAUAUAAUUGAACCCGAUCAAAAUGACAAUAAUGAAACGCUAUCAGAUUUCGAAGAACAACAACAAACUGAUGCUGCCGAAAUAGAUCUCAAUGGAGAUCAUUCGUGUGCUGAUCAAUUAAAUACGCCUCAUCAAAGUGAAAUCGCUACUGACUUUGAAGAAAUGAGAGAAUCUACAGCGAACGAAUCGUUAAGUGCGCUGGAAUCGUUCAGUUUCGUUUUCGAUCGUUCACCAUCAACAUCGACAGCAUUGAAAGUAUUGGAUGAUGCAGCCAAAACAGCUCCGAGCGUUUUCGAUUGGAGGAGGAGACGAUGUGAUGAUAAACCGAAAAUGAGCGAAGAACCGAAAAUGAGUGAAGAAAUGCGCGAAUUGUUGGACUGUUGUGAGCAUGUUGUGCAAAUGAUAAUGACGCAGCGAACAAGGAUAAUAAGUAAGGAUAACAGUUGCUUCCAAACGAACAAUGACCGAUCUUCGAUACACCAACAGAACGUUCGAAUGCUUCUCGAUUCAAUUCAUGCUGUUCAAGCACAUCGAAUUGGGUCUGUGCGGCGAUUGUUGGACCAAAUUGAACAUUUGGCACCUUUAUACUUGGACAAACAGAUUUCUUUCAAUAAAAGUGACGUCGAAAAGGAAUAUCCGUUGGUGUGGCGACAAGUGAAUAGACGUUUAACUCGUCUUAAAACUUGCUUGUCAAGGUAUUGA